AUGUCCUUCAACUCUGAAAGUUCAUUACCGCAUUCCAAACAGUGGGAUUAUGAUGUGUUUUUGAGUUUUAGAGGAGAAGAUACUCGUAAGACCUUUGUCGCCCACCUUUAUAGAGAAUUAAGUCGAGCUGGAAUCAAUACCUUCAAAGAUGAUGAAACACUAAAAAGUGGUGUAUCCAUCUCACCUCAACUUGUGAGUUCCAUAAAACGGUCAAGGUUUGCCAUUCUCGUCUUCUCAGAGAACUAUGCUUCAUCCAAAUGGUGCUUGGAUGAGUUAUCGAAGAUUAUGGAAUGUCAACUUGAACUUGGGCAGGUAGUUGUACCAAUCUUCUGCGACAUCACUCCGUCAGAAGUACGCUACCAGAGAAAUAGUUUUGCUAAAGCCUUUUCCAGGUAUGAGGAAGAUUUCAAGGGUGACACCAACAAGGUGCACAACUGGAGGAAAGCUUUAAAAGAAGCAACCGAUUUGUCUGGCCAUGAUCUGCAUGGAGCUACUUACAAUGGGUUAGUAGCUAUAUUACUUCAUUUUGUCAAGCAUUUCUUCUAUAAUGGUUGUUGCACUUGCACAUGUUUUCUUUGUACAACUCAUGAACUUAUUGAACUGCAAGACAUCACUCCGUCAGAAGUACGCUACCAGAGAAAUAGUUUUGCUAAAGCCUUUUCCAGGUAUGAGGAAAAUUUCAAGGGUGACACCAACAAGAUGCUUAACUGGAGGAAAGCUUUAAAAGAAGCAGCCGAUUUGUCUGGCCAUGAUCUGCAUGGCGCUACUUACAAUGGAGACGAGUCUAUAUGCAUUCAACAUAUUGUGAAAGAUAUAUCUAAUAAGUUGAGCCGAAAGUCAAUGAUCAGUGGCACUCUUGUGGGAGCAGAAUCACAAAUUCAAGCUGUACUUUCACUGUUGAUGAUGGAGUGUGAAGAUGUUCGAUUUAUUGGGAUUUUAGGGAUGAGUGGUAUUGGGAAGACCACCAUUGCAAGGGCUAUUUUUGAUAGUAUUUCUCAUCAAUUUGAAGGUGCUUGUUUUGUUGUAAACGUUAAAGAAAAUCAAGCUAAGCUGGGAUUGUUGUCUCUACAAAAGACUCUGGUUUCUGAGGUGUUGACAGUUGAAUCUGUGAAUAUAGCUGAUGAAUAUGGUGGAAUUGAUAUGAUCAGAAAAAGGCUUGGUUCUAAGAAGGUUUUAGUAGUUCUUGAUGAUGUGGAUCACCAAGACCAGUUGGAUGGGUUAUCUGGACACAGUAAUUGGUUUGGUAGAGGCAGUAGAAUUAUUAUAACAGCAAGGGAUAAACACUUGUUUCGGGACUAUGAUGGAACUUAUAGUGUCGGCUUACUAGCUGAAGCUGAAGCGAUUCAGCUGUUUAGUUGGCAUGCUUUUAGAAAAACAUCUCCUAACAGUGAUUUUCAGCAGCUCUCUCAACGGGUGGCACAGUACGCCGGUGGCCUUCCCCUGGCGCUUAAAGUCAUAGGUUCCUUCCUGUGUGGACGGAGCAUGAAGCAGAGGAGAGAUGCACUGAAAGGUAUUCCAGAAGAUGAAAUUAUUUCAAAGCUUAAGAUAAGUUGUGAUGGACUGGAGGAUGCACAUAAGCAAGUUUUUCUAGACUUAGCAUGUUCCCUUAUACCAGGUCCUGCUUAUAUUAGAAAACUGUACCCUGAAAUAAUAAUAGCUGUCCUGAUUGAGAAGUCCCUCCUUUUUGAGUCAUCAUUUGAAAGGAUUGCGAUGCAUGAUUUGAUUCGAGAAAUGGGACGACGCGUUGCACUGCAACAACAAUACCCGAAGAAAAGGAUAUGGCUUCAUGAAGAUAUUGCUGAAUGUUUUAACAGAAAAUACGGUAUCAAGAGAAAUUUUAUAAAUUAUAAGUCAUUAAUUUACGAUAUUCUGUUCUUGCCUUGA